AUGAGGAGGGAGACGGAGGAGAAGAAGGGGGAGAAGGUGAAGAGGGGAUGGCUCGUAGUGACCGUCGGCCUCGACGACGGCACCGGCGGCGGCGCCGCCGCCGCCACCCUCCCGCGCUUCGCGAUCCCGAUAUCUUAUAUGCGCCACCCACUGUUCAUGGGACUGCUGGAGGCGGCUCAGGACGUCUACGGCUACCCCUCCGCAGGGCCGCUGAAGCUGCCGUGCUCGGUCGAUGACUUCAUCCACCUCCGCCGGCUCAUCGAACGAGGGCCGCCCAUCUCCGGCAACCACCGCUGUCCCCGACGCCGCUCCUUCUCGUUGAACACCUGCUAG